AUGCAUAGUACCAUUGCUGAACUGAUGAUAUUUGCCAAUCAUUGGGUGGCCCGUCGCUGCCUUCAGGCGUUUCCAGACCGUGCCUGUCUUCGGCGACAUCCACCUCCACGGCCUGAGUUCUUCGACGAAUUGCGUCGGUGCGCAGCAGCUCGGGGAUUUGAUAUCCGUACAGACACUAAUCUCGAACUUAGUCGUUCAUUGGCUGCAUGCGAGGAUCCUAAAAAUCCAGAGGUACUUAAAAUUGUUUAUGUUUCUACUUUUAUAUCUUCUGGCAGCUUUGUCUUUACCAGACAGAUGCCUACAAAUAUUUAA